AUGGUCAACUUCACCCGCGCCGCUGCCGCCCUGGCCCUCGCCGCCACCGUCUCUGCUGCCCCCGCUAGCACCACCGUCAGGGCCACCGAGACCACCUCGGAAAUCACCUGGACCGUCUCCGACUUUGACUUCCACGCCGACUACAUCUUCACCACCCCCGCUCACCAGAACAGCUGGGGCUACGUCAACUUCGCCUUGUCCUCCGACAAGACCGACCUUGUCUAUUCUUGCUCCACCGCCUCCAACCGCCUUUCCGAUUUCUUCUACGGCGAGACCGACUACCAGUGCACCGCCCCCGAGGGUGCUGCCGAGGGAAGCGCUGCCAGCUUCAGGUAUAACAGGACUGAUGGCACUUUGGCCUUGAAGGAGACUGUUGUUUCUGGUGAUGAGACCUACACCGCCUCCGGCUCGACCACCAUCCAGACUACCUGCACCGACGAGACCACGGGCCCCAGCCCCAACUGGGAGAUUGGCCAGAUCUACAUCUGGAGGAAGAUUGAUUGCGAGGAGGUCAAUGCUACCGUUGCUGGUACCGUCGCUUAA